AUGGAGAUCUUGAUCUUGAUCUUGAGGAUUUUUGGGUUUUCUGAGAUUCCCAAAAUUUUUGAAUUGAUCAAUUUAGUCUCUAUUAUAUACUUGGUCUUAAUAUUUGUGGGCUUCCAUGGUUUCGUACAGGGAUGGUUACUCACAGAAAAGAAACCUAACCCAAAAGAUAUUGCUGCCAGAGAUCGUUGGUUGGUCUCUCAGAAUUUUUGGGGAGUCUUAAAUACUGUUUCAAUUGACUUGGGAGGAGCAACAUUUGGGAAUGUGGUUUCAUUCAGUGAUGGACUACCUCACAAAGGUAGUGGCAUCCCAUAUUUCUACUUGGCAACUUUUGAUCCAUCUGCCAAAGAUGCAAUGAAAGAUGAGAGAAGUUCAUUCACUAUCAGCGAGUAUCCUCUUGGAACUUGUGGAAAGAUAGACCCUGAGAACUCCAGUUGUGCAAAAAUUACACUCACAGGAAAGUUGAAGCUAGUUGAUAAAAACUCUAAGGAAGCAGGAUUGGCUAAAAUCGCCUUGUUCUCAAAGCAUAAGGAAAUGAAGGAUUGGCCUAAAAAUCACAACUUCAGGUUCUACAAGUUGACAAUUGAGCAUAUAUUUUUGAUUGAUGGGGCUGGUGGUCCAAAUUCUCUCACACUAGAUCAGUACCUGCAUCCCAAAAAAUGA